UAUUUUGUGACAGGUUCGGGAAUACCAGAAAUGAAGACGAUUCUCCGUGGAAUGGUCCUGAAAGAAUACCUGACAAUUCGAACACUUAUUUCGAAAAUGAUCGCUCUCACUCUAUCUCUUGGCAGUGGACUACCUGUUGGCAAAGAGGGUCCUUUCGUACACAUCGCGUCGGUUGUCGCUAAUCAACUAAGUCGUUUUCUUCCAAGUUCUGGUGCAUUCGAAAAUGAAUCGAGGGCGAACGAAAUGCUGGCAGCAGGUUGUGCUGUCGGCGUUGCGUGCACAUUUAGUGCUCCAGUAGGAGGUUUGUUUCACUUAUUCGUGCUCAUUUUCUUUUUUUCGAUCUCUUAUUUGUUCUUUUCCAUUUCUUGUAUUUUCUUCAUUCAUAUGACAUGA